AUGAAAUAUUCCUGGAAUAUUAUUGAAAUAUGUUAUUUUUGCAGAGAGGAGAAUUCAGUUUCUGGAAUUCUUGUCCUGUCUUUCAAGUGUGCGUUAGGUAUACUAGUGGGAGUUCUCCUCUCUGCUAUCCCGGCACCAGUAUCACCAGUCUCCCUGUCGUUUCUUUUUCCCCUCUUAGACAGCUGUGUUCCUAAUACAGAAACAGAACAGAGCUUCUCGCACAAAAAUGCGUUGCGCUGCUUUGGGCCGAGAAGGAAAGAACCAGAAAAGAGAGGGGGAAGAGACAGACACGGGACACGGCAGAGAGGAGACGGAAGAGGAGAAGUAUUUCCUGUUCCCUUCGUUCGCUGUAUUUCUGUGCGUGCCAUGUCGUGGUACGUUGCGUUGCGUUGCGUUGUGUCUGUCUGUCUGCAAUGUAUUAUCCCGUAUUUUCAUCCCGUUUCCUUGCUGUGCUCACAAUUGUUCCUGCCAUAA